AUGAAACAAAAAUCAGAUGAACAAAUUCAAUAUCUAUCCGGAGGACAACGAAAAUGUGUCAAUAUUGCAAUGGAAAUAGCUGCAUGUCCUAAAUUUUUAUUACUUGAUGAACCAAUCCAACCAGUGGUUUUGAUAGUUUUAUUUGUGAAAAACUAUUUUCUCGUUAUUCACGAACGUGGUCAAGAAUUAUUUGAUCAAAUUGAUCAUGUUCUCUUUUUUACUCCAAAAUGUUAUUUAGCUUAUCAGGGUAAAAGAGUAAAUGCUUUAACAUUUUUAAAAAAUAUAUCAAGACCGAAUAUAUCAGAUGUAGUUCUGUUAUUAAAUACAUGUGAUGAAUGUAUCUAUACUCUUCGCAAGUGUCGAGAUGUUAAUCAUUAUGCUGAGAUAACUGACGAGUUUGUUCUCAAUCCAUUACCUUCAUCAUUAUGCUCUUGUCCAACCUUAAGUGUGAUAUUCAAACCCAUUGUGUAUUUAAUAUAUCGUACAAUGAAGCAACUAUGUUAUCGAAACUGCUAUACAGAAGUGGUUUAUGCAAUAUCCUAUUUGUUAUUAGGUUUAAUUGUGGGAAUAUUAUUUGAUAUUGAGACUCAAUCGCGUAACAUUGAUAGUGUACCAUCUAUCUAUUUUAUGAUUAGUUUGGCCUUUGGUGCUGCAACGUGUGUGUCUAGUCAACGUUUAUUUGGCGUAGAAAUUGUAAAUCAAACAUUUGUUCGUGAAUCUCGUAACUACUAUCAUCCUGUACAAUAUUGGAUAGCAAAAACAGUAGUCAGUAGUCUAUACAUUGUUUUACAUCCAUUAUUAUUUUUAACUUUAUUGUAUAUUGAAAUUCAACCAAGAGCUAGUUUUGAUCAAUAUUAUUCUGUUUUACUUCUAAUGGCAUUUUCAUGCUCAGGUAUCGGUCAACUUGUGUCAGUUCUUUUUAACCGCACAGAAGAUUCUUAUUUAGUUGGUACAAUAAUUGCGUUAAUUUCAUGUUUAAUUAGUCGAUUUAAUCCAACAAAAAUUGGUCCACAUGCUGUCAAAGGAGCUAUUUAUCUAUCUUAUUCAAGACAUAUACAACGACAAUUGUUCACCUUUGAUAUGGAAAAAUAUAUUCAAAAUGACAAUGUCACAAAUAAUUUAUGGCAUACACAAAUCGAGAGAUUACGUCACUAUUACUUAUACAACGAUAAUGAAUACUCUGUUUUAUGUUUAUUAAUCACUGGCGCCCUAUGUCGUCAAACAUCUCCUGUUGAUGACUUUGAGUAA